GCUUGUCCGGUUGGUGAGGGGAACCAAAUACGCCGAGAUGCAGCUCCCCCAUGUGGUUUGUAUCUUCGGCUCAGCGGCCAAAGGUUCCUGGCAGGGUUGAAGCUGCGCAUUAUCCCGGAAAAUUUGCGCCGAUUGCAUGAGAAACGUCUGGGGCCCGAUCUGAUUGCCAUUACCAUAGCGCUGCAUGGAUUUACGUUCCACGGCCUCAUCAUGAGAGGCCUUGGACUUCAAUCUAAAACGCUAUAGAUUUUCUUUGUGGACCCCGAGGUCGUAUACGGAAUGCCCGAUAAACCACUUACUGUAGCUGCGUAUGCUGCCGGAGCAUCUUUGGCUGCAGCAACCCUAGUAUACGUUUUUGGACCGACCUUCUUCAUCGAUGGAGACCUCGAUGACUCCGGCAGCUCACGCAAGAAAGGCGUCGUUGGCCUCUAUAACCCAGCAAACGACUGCUUCAUCAACUCUGUUUUGCAAACCCUGGCCGGACUAGCAGAUCUUCGAAUUUAUCUGAUACGAGAGAUACACCGGAGGAAGCUCGAUGGGAAUAUUGUCUACAGAGUUGACUCAGAAGGUCAGAAUAAGAGCCGAAUUGAAAGACGGAAGCAAGAAAGCUUGCUGCAGGGAGUAGUCACUUCGGCGCUGAAAGAAGUCCUGGAUAAUUUAAAUGAAAGACCAUUAUAUAAGAAGACAAUUUCGGCGGGCACUUUCAUUUCGGCCUUGGAGCAAGCGUUCGACUCCAGGAUCAGCCGCCAACAGCAGGAUGCUCAAGAGUUCCUGCAAGUAGUAGCGGAACGAUUGAGUGACGAAUACCAUGCCGGUCGAGCUGCGCGAGCAAGGGUCCGUACCCUGAUCGAAAAAGGCGCUUCCCAGCAUGAUGACGACGAAAAAGCUUUCCCGGAAGCGGAGAAAGAUCCGCAGAGACUGGGUGAAGAGGUGGUUGAGGACGAAGAAGGCUUUCCCUUGGAGGGCUGCCUUGAAUCACAAAUUGAAUGCCUUACAUGUCACUUUCAGCCCAAACCGAGCAAAUCGACUUUCGUCACGCUGACGCUUCAUGUUCCCAUGAAAAGUUCGACUUCAUUGGACGAGUGCUUUGAUAGUCUCUUCAAAACGGAGUAUAUUGAGGAUUUCAAGUGUGAAAAAUGUCGCCUUCAACAUGCCUUUGAUUGUUUAGCUCGGAACGCUGCAAGCGCCACAGGUACCGCGCGGGAGGCCAUGGAGCAGGAUAUGAAUAAGCUUGAGCGAGCUAUUCAAGAGGAUCCGGAAAUUCCUCCGGAGGGGGUGAUUCUGCCUGAUGCCAAAUACGCCCCCAAGAGGCGUAUUGCUCGACAUACCAGGAUUGUCGCAUUUCCAAAAAUUAUGGCUAUACACCUCUCGCGAUCUAUUUUCGAUCCGAUGAGCGUCUCGACCAAGAAUGCUGCAAAAGUCACCUUUCCUGAGCGACUGCCAAUAGGAAGUCUUUUGAGAAGCAAGAAAUAUACGCUGCUUGGAAUGAUUACGCACAAGGGUAGUCAUAAUAGCGGGCACUAUGAGUCUUUUCGAAGGCAGACAAUGGUGACUCCAUUUUCGACACCUCUUGGUCACAAUCCGAGCGGGCCGUAUAGUCCACUUCCCACCCCUGCCCAGUCCAGACCCAUCAGUCCUCACUCUGUUGACCAGAGGAAGAGCUUGCAAGAACAGAAUCCGGAGUCUAGUGCUGAGCUCGAAAAUAAUCAGCAUAGUCGGUCAUCCCCGUUGUCGUCAGCUUCUCAGUCCUCAAUACCUUCCUCUUUAGAUUCACCUUCUGGACAUUCUAGGAAGAAGAGAUCAAUUUCAUCCUCCAGGAAUCGAAUCUCACGCGUUGCGCGAAAUUCGAUGGAAUCUGCGAGGUCGUCUUCUAGAAAAACCGUUAAGCCUGAAGAGUCACGCUUAAAAAAGAAGAAGAAAACGAGCGACAGAUGGUGGAGAAUCAGCGAUGACAAGGUCAAGGAAGGCAAGACAAGAGAUGUCUUGAGUAUGCAAAAGGAAGUAUAUAUGCUUUUUUAUGAAAUUGAAAGGGACGAUGACACAUGAACGCUAUGGUGGAGUCUGAAUUUCUCCCUCUUAUACCAAUGCGCCGUUCGCAACUCACGUAUCCUCUCUCUUUUCCUUGAUUCACUUUUUGAUCCAGGGGCACAUGCAUUUUUGAGGACUGGCAUGCACGCCAUGCAUAGUUAGGUAGAUAUUGUGCCAGUAUAUAUAGAGGAAUCUCGCCCGGCAAAGCAGAAGUUCAUGAGACCCUGAUCAUAUAUUUAGUACAGCUGGCAUGACUUAGAGCAUGCAAAUUUGAAAAUAACGGUCCGUGCAUUAGGAGUCAUGGUAUUAUCUCGGUACUAUCGAUUGGGAAAUCCGGAUUGGUCGACCCAAAGAACGAGAUAAUUUGCCGUAAGCAUAAGAUUCCGAUAGAGUCCAGCGUAG